AUGCUUCAGUUCAACGGCCCAUUUCGCAUUUUAACAACCCUUGGCUCUCGAGUCAUCCUCCCAGCAUCUUAUACAGAAUGGUUGAAGAACUGUUCAGAUUUAGACCACCAGGCGCUUGUACAUGACGAAUACUUUGCUACGUAUCCUGGAAUGGAAGGACAGAGUAUUGUCACUGAUCCAAGGAAAAUCCUCAUCAAUGUCACCAAAACGAAACUGAAUCAGAACGGUCAAUGUGAAUUGUUCCAUGAACACCUCACAGAGGCUCUGAGAGAAAUUUGGACAGAUGAUGGCGAUUGGCACACCGUUGAUUGGUCUCAACACGCAAUUCGUUUCAUCGGGCGAAUGUCAGCGUCUGUCUUUGUCGGACCUCAACUGGCUCGCGAUGCUCAAUGGCAGGAGCUGGUUCUCACGUCUACAAUGAAUACAUUUAUGGGAGUUCGAUCACUCCGCGCUUGGCCCGCUUUUCUUCGCCCACUUGUUCACUGGUUCUUGCCGGAGCUCAGAACAUGCCGUCGACAAUUGCGUCUCGCUCGUCGUAUGUUGCAGCCAACUUUUGACCACAGAGCAAGGGUUCGAACCAAUUCCAUUGAAAGUCAUAAACCAGAAAAGUUCAAUGAUACCAUAGAAUGGCUCGAGGAAAUAGCCGCGGGACGCCCCUACGAUGCCGCUGCUGCGCAAAUAGCAUUCGCCAUUAGCGCAAUGCACACAACCUCCGAGUUGCUCAAACAGGCUCUCCUGGACAUUUGCAUGCAUCCAGAAUUGAUUCCAGCUAUAAGACAUGAAGCAAAUCAGGCCAUCGAGGAGAGUGGAUGGACAACUGCAGGCGUUUUCAAGAUGCAGCUUUUGGACAGUGCAAUCAAGGAGACACAACGACUGAAGCCUGGGAUUUUAGCGAAUCUUGAACGAAAGGCUAUGCGAGAUAUCGUCCUUCCAAAUGGCAUGACUAUCCCCCGCGGAACUAACGUUGCCGUUGACUCAUCCAUGAUGUGGGAUCCCGCCAUUUAUCAUAACCCUUUCACCUACGACGGCCACCGUUUUCUUCGUUUACGUCAGGCCGGCAAUGCUUGGGCAGCACUCGCUUCCACCAGUCCAGAGCAUAUCGCCUUCGGGAUAGGGAAGCCAAUCUGUCCCGGGAGGUUUUUUGUUAAUAAUGAAGUCAAGAUUGCGCUGGCUAAGAUUCUGUUGACCUACGAUGUCAGGAUUCCGGAAGGUGUCAAGCCAAAGGUUGUGGAGAUGGGGUUUGAGAUGUUGAGUGACCCGGAUGCAAAGCUGGAGAUUAGGAAACAGCCAGCAUGA